GAUGGAAGGGUGGGUAUUUGGACGCUGUGUUGGUUCAGAAGACAAGGUGGCUGCGGCUUUUUAGCCAACUGCCAGGAUGGCUGCUUCUGAUGGAAGUCGGGCAAGAGCCCCCUCGGCGCUCAGCCCCUUACGAAAGGCUCUUGUCGGUGAUCAGGAGGCCAAGAAACUCCACCAAUGCUGCUCGGCUUCUUCCUCGUACAGAGCCUGGCGAGAGUUUAAGCGCCCCCCUCCCCGGGCUUCCGUUUGCUCUUUCUAAAAAGGCUCCGGACGCAUCCAAGCAAGUGGCUUGACAGGCUGUCCGUGCCUCCUGCCCGCCCGGAUGAGCUCUUCCGGGGUUCCGCGGCUCCAACCGGUCGCCUCGCACAACGCUCAGCCAGGCCCCGGCUCCAGUCUCAGUUUGCGCGAGAGUCUCCCUGUAAAGAGAACAAAGCCCCCGCGGCCUCUGUGGCGUUCCGCCUCGCCACUUAGCUUGGCUUCCCGGUUCUACAGGCCGGACGCCUCUCGGAAGGCAGCCAUGCUCGACGCACCGAGGGCGCUUCAUAGCGAGGCGGCGCGGAAACCCGGCAGCGGCUCGCCAGCCCGCCUGGGCGCCGCCUUCUUCGACCAGCCCUGCGUCCAACUAGCCAAAGCGCUGCUCGGACAGGUGAGUUCAUCGGCUGGGGGUGGAGGGAUGACAGGCGGCUGCAAGGGCGCCCCUAGCCAGCCCGGUCGCUCUCCCACGAGGUCGAAGGGCGUCGUGCGGGCCCUCGCCACCCUCGCAGUCGGGGUGGCGCUCCGGAGCCGGGAGCCUGCUGACGUCCGGCAGGCUCGCCCGGCCUUGUUUCAGAUUCUGGUUCGGAGGCUGCCCGACGGACGCGAGCUGCGAGGACGGAUCGUUGAAACCGAAGCCUAUUUGGGAGGGGAGGACACCGCUUCGCACUCCAGGGGGGGGCGCCGGACCGUAAGGAACGCAGCCAUGUUCAUGCGACCCGGCACGCUCUACGUGUACCAGAUCUACGGGAUCUACUUCUGCAUGAACGUCUCCAGCCAAGGGGAAGGGGCUGCAGUCCUCCUGCGUUCCCUGGAGCCCCUGCACGGGCUGGAGGCCAUGCGAGAGCUGCGCCUGGUCCGGCAGCAGAAAGCUCCUGCACGCACUCUCAAGGACUGGCAUCUGUGCAAUGGGCCUGCCAAACUCUGCCAGGCCCUGGCCAUCGAUCGGAGCUUUGACCAGCAGGACCUGAGCUGCAACUCCUCUGUGUGGCUGGAGCCUGGCCUGGAAGCUUCCGGAGACCAAGUCCCCAUCUGUGCCCCCCGAAUUGGCAUCAGUGGGGAGUGGGCCAAGAAGCCUUUGCGCUUCUACCUCCAGGGCAACAAGUGUGUGAGCGUCAUUGACAAAAACGCUGAGGGGAAACUGCCACGUGGUGCCAUCACAGAGAAAUGUGUUUAACUUGCAACAUGAUGCAGGCAUGAAUACUGAUGCUAACAAAGAACUAGAAGUGCCAUUUCAGAUUUAUUUAUGUAAAUAAACAUGUUUUACUUCCAA